AGGAAGUGAGGCCACUACCAAGGCGCAUGCGCAACGGCGCAACGAUUUAGGAAUUCAGGAAUGAAGGAUUUCGGCGCGCUGCGUUUUUGUUAUCGGUAGCACGGUUGGAGGUGGAAGAUUGAUAUGAAUCAUGGAUGACACAGAAGAUGAUUAUAUGUCUGAUUCCUUCAUUAAUAUUAACCAGGACAUCAGGCCAGGAAUGCCGAUUUUGAGACGUGUAAAGGAAACUUUUAAAAAAGAGGAAAAAGCAAAAGAAGCUAACCAGAAAAGUAGGCAAAAGAGCAUCAAAGAACAAGAAAAAGAGCAACGUGAAAUGGUUUUAAAUGUUGCUUUGGGGAAUGAAAAUAAAGGCUUUGCUAUGCUCCAGAAGAUGGGGUACAAAAGUGGCCAGCCUCUUGGCAAAAGUGGAAAGGGGAUAGUUGAGCCCAUUCCUCUGAAUAUUACCACAGGAAGAAGUGGGCUUGGCCAUGAAGAAUUACAAAAACGAAAAGCUGAAGAAAAGCUGGAAAACUACAGGAAAAAAAUGCAUGUGAAAAAACAAGUGGAAAAGCAGACAACUGACCUCUUCAAAAUGAGAUUGAAGACCAAGCAGGAGCAACUGCAAGUAAAACGGGACCUCGAGAAAAGUCAGAAAGCCUGCCAACAAUUAGAUACCCAGAAAGGCCUUGAAGUCCCCAAAGAGGUUUGGUACUGGUUAAAUUUAAAGACUGAAGAAGACAAAGAUGAAGAAGAGGAGGAGGAGGAGGAGGAGGAGGAAGAUGGACUCAAUGAAUCAGAAAAGUUAAUCAGUUUAACAACUUAUUUAAGAGAGGAAUAUCUCUAUUGCAUCUGGUGCGGAACUGCCUACCAAGAUCAAGAAGAUCUAUCUUCAAAUUGCCCUGGGAGCACAUAUACAGAUCAUGAAUAAAUCUAUAAAAAUUCAAAACAAUAGCAACAUUCUGUAAUGAAUAUUCUGUCAAUGAAGAGCAGAGCUGUGAACUUUGUUGUUCUAUAUUUUUCAUUGAGCAAAUUAGUUGUUUGUCAAUGUUCUAUGUUUGGGUAUAAAAUGGGCUUUCUGUUCUAUUUAAAAAUUCUUUGGAGUGUGAACUAAUUUGUUAUUUUUCCAAGUUAUUAUUUUUUUUAAAUCCUGUUUACUUCUGAAAAACAAAAUUAAAAUCUAUCAUAAUAGACUAGAUGCUGCAAAUUGGAUAAAUGCAUGGUUUGAUUUCAGCAAAGUAAAAAUUUAAAGAAACCCUAAAACAAUAAUAAAUUUAGCUGUUUGAAGGUCA